AUGACGCCGGGCGAGACGCUCCUGGUGGCCUGGGCUACACUCGUCACCUAUUUCCUCAUAUCGCAGUACCCGCUCUCGCGCUAUGCGUUUUCUGUCCUCGACUACGUGGGCGCGAUCUUCCAAGCAUACAAGGUCGCCGUUGUGUCUGUCAGUGGCGACCUUCCGGCUUCGCUUCACGUCCUUGGAGUUGGUCUCAAUAUCGCUUCAUUCGCUCUCUACCUGAUACCAUUAUGGUCUUUCCUGAUGAGAGCAAAGAACCUGGGUGCGUUGACCCGCGAUACGAACCAACUGGUUCGGCGUGUAGCCCAUAAACUCGAUCUGGCCGAUGCGCGAAAGAUCGCAUCACUUCUGUCGCGCAAGGACCUGCACCGGAUAACUGAGAAUUCUCUCCGCCGUCGUAUGAAGCAUGUUCAAACUCGCCUAGACGCCACCCAUUUCAAGCUUGUCCAACAAGAAAUGCUCAACAAUACCCUUGCCACCACAAACUCCGAGUUCCAAGCACAGCUUGAUGCAGCUGCUUCAAGAUGGCAAGACAAGGAGAAAACACGUGAUGAGACAAUUUCGAAGGCAAGAAACCAGAUGGCCGCGCAAGACCAGACAAUGAACAAAUUGCGCGAAGAGAACUCGGAACUAUCUACCAAAGUGAAAGCGCUGCAGCAGAAGAAAGACGAAGAAAAAGAGGCAAAAGGACAGUACCUGUUGGAUGUCGCGAGCAAAGAGGGAGAGAUGCAAGAGCUUCGUAGCCAGCACGCCACCGAACUUGCUAAGAAGGCGAGCGAAAUCAAAGAGUUACAUAACUCCCAUUCCACUUCUGCAGCUUCCAAGGACGCCGAAAUGGAGGUGGUCAAAGCAAAAUUGACCCAGAAGCUCACCGCAACGGCGACCGAGCAGCAGACACAGCUCAUUAAGCAAGCACAAAGUCUCACUGCGACGAACACUGAAUUGCGCACUCGAUGCGACAAGCAGCAACUGCUCUUGGAUCAGAGUCAAUCAAAAGCCAUGGCUACACAUGCUGACCACCAGUCCGCGAUCGCGCAAAAGAAUGACGAGCUUAGGUCUUUACGGAGCGAUCAUCAAGCUGCUCUUGCGAUCAAGGACAACGCAAUGAGGAAAGCUCAGGAAUUACUUGACUCGUCCAUUGCCGGAAAAGAUGCCGAAAUUCAGAAUCUUCGCAAGCAGCAGGAGACUGCUCUCGCUUCUAAGGGCAGUGAGAUCUCCGCUCUCCAAUCUCGCAUCGACGCAUCAGAGAAACAGGCGUGCGAGAAGAUUCGUGAACUAGAAGACAAGCUUUCCACGGCAAAGCAGGUUCACGCUGGUGAACUUCGUGACCUACACGCCAGUUACAAAUCACAGAUGCAAUCGCAUAAUUCCGAAGAUCGCAGCUCUCAAGAGCUCGACACUGUGAAGAAGAACUUGAACAUUCUGGACUUGAAGUACAAGUCACAAACCAAACACCUCGAUAAGGCUGCCAAGGAGUCUGAGACUGUGGCGAACGAGUGGGAUCAAUUCCUUGGUGCGAUUGAGUUGAUCGGUUCUCAGGUGCCUAGAGUUUGCACGGAGAUCGGCAAGAAGCUCUACCCGUGCAGCGAGGAGAUUUCACAGCUCAUCAAGAGCGACGAAGACUGUUACAGUGUCGCGUUGCAGAUUCGUCGCGCGCGUUACAACAUCGAGACGGUCUGGGAACAUCACUACAAGUUCCUCCGCGCUUUCGGCAGAGAGUUGACCGCGAGGUAUCCAGAUGUAGCCGCACUUUCCAAGUCGGUUACUGACAAAUUGCUUCCUGCUGUCUCCAAAGCCUCAGUCGCAUUGCCUCCUGCCCAAUCGCAACCGAAUGUUAUCACGUCCAAGACCGUCACAGCUUCGACGCCCAAGUCGAAUGUCCCUCUUCCAUUGAUCGGCGCAAAAUGCUUCUGUGGUUUCCAAUUCCUCAGCGACGAGUCACUGGAAUCGAAGCAGGACCACCUCGAUAGGUGCGAAGACUUUCAGCGGGCGGAUCAGGCGAGCAAGGACAAAACUCUCAAUAAAGUUGGUCUUGGUCCUGUGGUACUAAAGCAGAAUACGUCUCGACAAGAGGAGAUCACAUGCUUGAACUGCAAACGUAUCUUUGCUUCAUCGGCGUCGUCGUGGUUUUACCAUACUCAUCUCAAGUCCCGACUCCUCUCCUGUCUUUCGUUCUCCAAUGCCGCAUACUUCACCAGCCCCCUCGAUGCAGAAUGGCGCAUCACCGGCAUCGCAUGUCCUGAAGUCGACGAAACCAGCUUUCAACCCCUCAACGCCUUCGUUUGCACCUUCGACACCGGCUUCUUGAAGUCUUCCGGCGGACUCAUGGGUCGUAGCAAGUACGCCGACGAUUCGUAUGUUCCAAAACAUCGCGAGCGUGGCCAGCUCAUCGAGAAGCGAGUCUAA